CCCCUCCACCAUGCCUGCUGUGGAAGAGAAAUUUAAGGAGAUUUGACCCACGCAAACUUCCAGCUUUUUUUCUGGCCAUUGUGAUUUGCUUUGGACUUGUCCGAUGGAGCUGGCCGAAAAAACACCCAUUGCGAGACUGUUGGGGAAGAUCGGAUCCAGCAACAUGGACCGGGUCCAAUCCACCGAGCAGAUGCUGGGGUGAACUUGGCCCUUGAACCCUCCCCCCCCCAAAAAAUAUUAGCAAACUGGAAGGACUGAAUCGGUCAACCAAACUGGAGGGAAGCCCCAGACCGCGGUGGAAAAUUACUCAGAGGGACAACACCAACGCCAGGGCCUUCACCAUGGUCAAUGAGUUUCUUCCGAUGAGCAACGGCCUUGGCACCCGCUCUGAUGGCGGCAACAGCAGCAGCAGUGGGGAGAGUUCCCAAAACAGCUCCCGCUGCUCCACCCCCAUCCUGGACACGGAGCGUCAUGAGCGCCUGCGGGAAAAAAUGCGUCGCCGUCAGGAAUCCGGUGACAAGUGGUUUUCCCUGGAAUUCUUCCCUCCCCGGACAGCCAAUGGAGCCGUGAAUCUCAUCUCCAGGUUCGACCGCAUGGGGGCAGGCGGCCCGCUUUUCAUCGACGUCACUUGGCAUCCGGCUGGCGAUCCGGGCUCCGAUAAGGAGACCUCGUCCAUGAUGAUGGCCACCACUGCCCUCAACUACUGCGGGCUAGAGACCAUUCUCCACAUGACCUGUUGCAACCAGAGCAGGGAAACCAUCACUGCCCACCUGCAGAAGGCCAAACGUUUGGGGCUGAAGAACAUUAUGGCGCUGCGAGGAGAUCCUGUCGGGGAAGAAUGGGAAGAAGAACUGGACGGCUUCAACCAUGCAGUGGAUCUGGUGAAGCACAUCCGUCAGGAGUUUGACGAUUAUUUUGACCUCUGUGUGGCCGGUUACCCUGGGGGGCAUCCCGAGGCCAACAGCUACAUCGAUGACUUGAAACACCUCAAGGAAAAAGUGUCCGCGGGAGCCAAUUUUGUCAUUACGCAGCUAUUUUUCCGGACGGAAACCUUCCUCAAAUUUCUAAUGGACUGCCAGGCCAUCGGUAUCAGCUGCCCCGUGGUGCCUGGGAUAUUCCCCAUCCAGGGCUAUCAUUCUCUGCGCCAGCUUGUGAAGCUCUCAAAACUGGUGGUGCCUCAGGAAAUCAAGGACGUCAUUGAACCCAUCAAGGACAACGAUGCGGCCAUCAGAAACUAUGGCAUUGAACUAGCCGUCAAGAUGUGCCGAGAACUCUUAGAGAGCGGCCUGGUCCACGGUCUGCAUUUCUACACCCUGAAUCGCGAGGUGGCCACCAUGGAGAUCCUCCGACGGUUAGGCCUCUGGAAAGAAGACCCAAGGCGUCCCUUGCCAUGGGCAGUCAGCGCUCACCCCAAACGGCGAGUCGAAGACGUCCGGCCUAUUUUCUGGGCUUCCCGGCCGAAGAGCUAUAUCUAUCGGACGCAGGAGUGGGACGAAUUCCCCAACGGACGAUGGGGCAACUCUUCGUCCCCCGCCUUCGGGGAGCUGAAAGACUACUAUCUUUUCUACUUGAAGAGCAAGUCUGCCCGAGAAGAACUGCUGAAGAUGUGGGGAGAAGAGCUGACCUGCGAGCAGAGCGUCUACGAAGUCUUCAGGUGCUACAUCGCCGGGGAGGCCAACCGAAAUGGACACAAGGUCACCUGUUUGCCAUGGAACGAUGACCCCCUGGCCGCUGAGACCAACCUCAUGAAGGACGAGCUGGUUAAAGUCAACCGGAGAGGCAUUCUGACCAUCAACUCCCAACCUAACAUCAAUGGAAAGCCUUCCACGGACCCCAUCGUGGGUUGGGGACCAGAAGGUGGCUACGUCUUCCAGAAGGCUUACCUGGAGUUUUUUACCUCCGCUGAAAACAUCAAAGCUCUUCUCACAGUUCUGAAAAAAUACGGACAGCGUGUGAAUUACCACAUCGUCAACGUGAAGGGAGAGAACGUCACCAAUGCCCACGAGAUGCAGCCCAACGCUGUCACAUGGGGGAUCUUCCCCGGAAGAGAGAUCAUCCAGCCCACAGUGGUGGAUCCAGUUAGCUUCAUGUACUGGAAGGAUGAGGCCUUCACCUUGUGGAUAGAGCAGUGGGCCAAGCUCUACGAAGAAGAAUCCCCUUCUCGUAUGAUCAUCCAGUACAUUCACGACAACUAUUACCUGGUCAACUUAGUGGACAACGACUUCCCCUUGGAGAGUUGUCUCUGGCAGGUAUUGGAAGACACCUACGAACAGUUGAACAGUCCAGGAGAGGAAGCGAAAACCUCUGGAUUUUGAAAACAGGGACUUUACAACAUUUUUACCACCAUCGCAACGUACGGCAGCUGAGCAACCUAGUAGAACUCUGGUGCUGCUGAUUUUUCUAGUUUUUUAAUCAGAUGUUCGAUGACGGGUGCUCUAAACCGGCAGUCCCCAGUUUGGCAGCCUGGUGGGUUGUGGUGUGUGUGUGUGUGUG